ACCUUGCUGUCCUAAGAGCACCGUAGCUCUGUCCCUGCCUCGGACUCCCAAAUUUCUUACCGUCGACAUUGAGGGGCAUUUCCGUCACACAACUGUCCAAAAUUCCCAACAUUUUUCAGUUUCAAAAUCUUCUGUCACUUCCCCCAACAAUACACACAGUUCUCUGUGUCUUCAAAAUUUGCCAUGGGAAAUACUCCAGAGAUCUCUCCAAAACCCUAACGAAAGCGAGAAGCCCACCAAGCCUUUCAUGCCCUAAGCUUGAGCUCGUUGUCUCUCUAACGAAAUGGGCUCUCUUAUCCCCUUCCAAGACCUCAAUGUCCUCCCAGACCCACCCACCACCACAACUGCGAUGCUAACCCCCAAAAUCGAGCCAAAGCUGGAACCGUUGGACGAGCCGCUAGAGAAUCUCCAACCAACGCCGCAACAGCAGCAUCUUCAACAAACUUCUCAGGGCUCGUUCUUUUCCAGCACUACCCCUGACAAUUACUCGAAUUCCGAAAAUGCCCCUCAACCGUCGGGCAUUUCCUCCUCCGAGGACAACGUGUACUCCGAAUUCUUCCGCGUUUCGGAGCUCUUCCGCUCCGCCUUCGCGAAGCGCCUGCAGAGCUACGGCGACGUUAUCGACCCCGAUUCACGCGCCAUCGUCCCGGUCCCACAAGAUAGUAACGCCCUCGAGAGCAUCAACCACAACAGCAACAACCAGGUCUCAAACGACGUCGUUUCGCGGAGGCGGUCCCACCACCAGCGCUCGGGGGAGCUGGUGCGCGUGACCGAUCUCGGCAUGGAGGACCAGCGGUACUUUCGUGACGUCGUUCGGCGGACGCGCAUGAUCUACGACUCGCUGCGCGUGUUCUCCAUGAUGGAGGACGAGAAGCGCCGGCUCGGAGAUCCGGGCCUCAGCCGGAGGCUCCGUGGUGAUCUCCGCGCCGCCUCCGUCAUGCGCGACCGCGGCCUCUGGCUCAACCGUGACAAGCGCAUCGUCGGCUCCAUCCCGGGGGUCUACAUCGGCGAUCUCUUCUUCUUCCGGAUGGAGCUCUGCGUGGUCGGCUUGCACGGCCAGGCACAAGCGGGAAUCGACUACGUCCCCGUCAGCCAGAGCUCCAACGGCGAGCCUAUUGCCACCAGUAUCAUCGUCUCCGGCGGGUACGAGGACGACGAGGACGCCGGGGAUGUGAUCGUCUAUACUGGCCACGGCGGGCAGGACAAGUUCUCGAAGCAAUGCGUGCACCAGAAGCUGGAAGGUGGGAAUUUAGCUUUGGAGAGAAGCAUGCAUUACGGGAUUGAAGUGAGGGUUAUCAGAGGGAUCAAAUACGAGGGGGGCGUGACGAGUAAGGUCUAUGUUUACGAUGGCUUGUAUAGAAUUUUCGAUUGUUGGUUCGAUGUGGGCAAGUCUGGUUUUGGGGUUUACAAGUACAAGCUGGUGAGAAUAGAUGGGCAGGCGGAGAUGGGUAGCGCCGUUAUGAGGUUUGCUCAGAGUCUUAGGACUAGUCCCUUGGCGGCGAGGCCUGUGGGUUAUCUUAGCCUCGAUAUCUCGAUGAAGAAGGAGAAUGUGCCGGUGUUGCUCUUCAAUGACAUUGAUGCUGAUCAGGAACCCAUGUAUUAUGACUAUCUUGUGAAGACGGUGUUUCCGCCAUUUGCGUUUCAUCAGACGGGGAACGGUACUGGGUGUGAUUGCGUUUCGGGUUGUGUGGAUGAUUGCUUUUGUGCUAUCAAGAAUGGGGGAGAGUUUUCCUAUGAUCACAAUGGGAUUCUUGUGAGAGGGAAGCCUCUGGUUUUUGAAUGUGGGCCCUUUUGUAGGUGCCCUCCUUCUUGCCGGAACCGCGUAACACAGAAAGGGUUGAGAAAUAGGUUGGAAGUGUUUAGGUCGAGGGAGACGGGUUGGGGAGUUAGGUCCUUGGAUUUGAUACAAGCUGGUGCUUUUAUAUGUGAAUAUGCCGGGGUGGUUCUGACGAGGGAUCAAGCCCAAAUUUUUUCCAUGAAUGGUGAUACUUUGAUUUAUCCCAAUCGGUUUUCAAGUAGAUGGGCAGAAUGGGGGGAUUUGUCUCAGAUAUUCACUGAUUAUGUGCGCCCCUCGUAUCCCUUAGUUCCUCCUUUGGAUUUUGCAAUGGAUGUGUCGAGAAUGAGGAACGUUGCUUGUUAUAUAAGCCAUAGUACAACUCCGAAUGUGUUGGUGCAGUUUGUGCUAUAUGAUCACAAUAACUUGAUGUUCCCUCACCUUAUGCUGUUUGCAAUGGAGAACAUCCCUCCUUUGAGGGAGCUCAGCCUUGAUUACGGCGUGGCUGAUGAAUGGACAGGGAAGCUGUCUAUCUGUAACUGAAGGUUUUUGAAGAGUUGAUGCAUUUUUGAAUGUGGUGUAGCACAGAGUCCGGAGGACAUGAUGCACUGAGGUGCCAGGGGUGUUGUUUAUUGUGCGACUAUAUACCAUAGUCACUGUACAAGCACAUUUUUUAGGUUGGAAAGGCAUUUCUAUGCGAUGGAGUUGGUGUUUCUUAUUAGCAUACAACUGCUCAUCUUCAAAUUUAUAUUCUCCUAUGGAUUCUCUGUUGUGUACUUCUUUUAUGUGAUUUCUGUUGGGCUAAUUGUCAGAACCUGUUAGAUAUGUUUCGUAUCAGUUUUCCCUCAUUUUCAAAUUUAUGAGAGGUGUUUUCUUUUGGAGGAGGUGAGUUGGAGGCAGAAAUCGAGGGUGAUGUGGUUAAAGGAAGAGGAUAAGUGUACUAAAUUCUUCCAUUCCAUAGCCAACUCUAAUAGAAGGUACAACUCAAUGGACUCCUUAUUGAUUGGAGAUUCUCCUCCUAAUCAGACAUAAAUAGGCGAGCACGUAGCUAAGUUCUAUCAAAAGCUCUUUUCUGAGCCGUGUAGGUGGAGGCCUAUGGUGGAUGGUAUUUCCUUUGACUCUAUUUUGGAGUCUGAAGCCAGCUGGUUGGAGAUAGCUUUCAUGGAGGAGGAGGUUAGGAAGGUAGUGCCAGCUAUGAAUGGUGAUAAGGCGUCGGGUCUUGAUGGUUACUCUAUUGCUUUCUUCCAAGCGUUCUGGGAUGUCUUGAGAUUGGACAUUAUGAAGGCGGGAACGGACUGUACAUUUACAAAGUCACGCCGCCUGCCUUCCUAAAUUUUCAGGUCCUCAUCUUUUUGCUCAAUAGUAGAUGCUGCAAAUGAACUGUUGAUCCGAUUAUCAAAAAGCUAUCACUGCUACGAGGACAACGUCUUUCUGCAAGCUAUUCCUCUGGGACUGGUUGCCACGGUGUUUUGUAGCCUUGUAUGCUUGACUGUAUGAAUAUUUUGUACUUUUUAACUUGUAUAUAAAGUGCAAAAUCGGAUAAAGCUUGUAUAGAAAUUGUAUCAGUGCAUGUGUAGAUGAGGGUGGCUUCUCCUGUUAUUGCCUAUUUAUAUCUCUUAGCGGAUGAAUCAAGUAGGUUUUGUGGUAGUGCUGAGGCAAGAGGGGUGUGAAAGCCAAUUCUUUUUUGGCUAGAGGAAACUGCUGCCCUCCUUAGGAAUUCGUGCUGUAUGAUUGAUUAGUAGUCAGGUCGCAGUUGCUCUGACUAGUCCUGAGCAUAUAUGAUGACCAAUUUACGGUGCCCAGAAACAUUCAUUUUGUUCGAUUAUUGAACUUGUGAUAUGGCUGUGCCAUGUUCAUGGAUGUUUAUGUUUAUUACAAAUUCGUUGGGUCUGGCAAUGCGACUGGUGUAAUAAAAGGACCAAUUUGCCUGAUCAUCCAA